CCUCCCCCCCACCACCGUCCUCCCUGCUCGCCGGCGCUCACUCCGUGUGUGUGCGCGCGCCAUCCGCCACCCCCAGCAAAAGGCGAUCCACGCCAGCGACCGCGUUAACCACCGUGUUAACCUCCCCCCCCCCGGCUAUCUGAGAUAGAAUUACCGCUCCCCCAGCCACCCCCCACACCCACCACCCUACCUCUGUGAUCCCACUCGCCACCAUCACCCACCCCCCACCACCUCCAUCAGCCACUUUCCUGCUGUACGCGUGGCUCCUCCUAUCACUCGCUUGCAGUGCCGCCCGCGAAGCGCAGCUCAACGAUUCACGUCCACGCGCCCACACGCAGAGAAGAGAGACACGGAGAGAUAUAGCGAGGCGCACACACACACACACACGUGUGCGCACACGCGUCCGCUCGGCCCAUUCAACAGCAAGGACAGAUCCGGCGAGCGAGACCUCUCAUUUCACAUCAUCAUCUUCAUCACCACCAACACCACCACCACCAGGAGCAAGCUGCAUCAUCAUCGUCAGGGCACAGGAGUGAAGGCUGAAGUUUGGAGCACGUGGAGGGGUUUACGGCGCGAAGGAUGGACAUGGCUCUGGAUUUCGCGGCUGGGUGCUUGGGAGGUGCCGCCGGAGUGGUCGUGGGGCACCCCUUCGACACGGUGAAGGUGAGGCUGCAGGUGCAGUCCGUGGAGAAGCCUCGGUACCGCGGAACAUAUCACUGCUUCUCAUCCAUUGUCAAGCAGGAGUCGGCCAUGGGUCUGUACAAGGGCAUCGGCUCGCCCAUGAUGGGCCUCACCUUCAUCAACGCCAUCGUGUUCGGAGUCCAGGGCAACGCCAUGCGCCGCCUGGGCCAGGACUCCCCGCGCAACCAGUUCCUGGCGGGCUCGGCGGCGGGCGUGAUCCAGUGCGUGAUCGCGUGCCCCAUGGAGCUCGCCAAGACGCGCAUGCAGCUGCAGGGCACGGGCGAGAAGGGCACCAAGAAGAGCUCGCGCCUCUACAAGAGCACGCUCGACUGCCUGCGCAAGAUCUACCAGCGCGAGGGCGUGCGCGGCAUCAACCGCGGCAUGGUGUGCACGCUGCUGCGCGAGACACCCGCCUUCGGCUUCUACUUCCUCACGUACGACGUGCUCACGCGGCACCUGGGCUGCGAGCCCGACGACCCCAGCCUCAUCCCCAAGCUGCUGUUCGCGGGCGGCAUGUCGGGCAUCGCGUCCUGGCUCUCCACGUACCCGUUCGACGUGGUGAAGUCGCGGCUGCAGGCGGACGGCGUGGGCGGGGAGAGCCGCUACGCCGGCAUCACGGACUGCUUCCGGCAGAGCUACCGCCAGGAGGGGUGGCGCAUGUUCACUCGCGGGCUCGUGUCCACGCUGCUGCGGGCCUUUCCCGUCAACGCCGCCACCUUCGCCACCGUGACUCUCUUCCUGAGCUACAUGCGGGCGGGCGAGGGCAAGGCCGUCGACAUGGUGCAGGGAGACCCGGCUGCCGUGGUCCAGCCGACCAACUUGUAAAGGGUGGAAACCGUGAAUAAGGAUGGCCGUGGUGGUGGUGAUGAUAACGAUGGAGGUGAUGGAGGUGGUGACGGUGGCGGUAAUAUAAUUAAGAACAGGAAGCCUCAUGGCGACACGAGCUCUGGUUGUGGCCUCGUGAAACAUAACAGGAGGAGGUGGAGAGGGAUGUAAGAAUGUUUGACCUCGAGUACUUGACCUGGUUAUUGUUACUGUAUUAGCAUUAUUAUAACAGUGCGUGUGUGUGUGCGCAUGAGUGAAUGAGCAGUUUGUCUGGGUUGGGUGAGCGACUUGUUGGGCGGUUGAGCGAACGGACACAACGGAGUAAGUGGGUUUUGUGUGUGUGACUCUGUGGAUGCGCAUGUGGAUGGAUGUUUCACUCAGCGGAAGUUUACGCUUGGAACACGUGUGGGCCAGAAUGUGAGAUGCAUGGUCACAAGUUUUCUAACCACCCCCCACCCGCCCUCGUCUCAUCGGAACGAAACACGUGGUAGGCACUGCGCAAGGUGCCAACGUAAACAUCUCCAUGUCCUCGGAAAAUCUUGUUCAGCACUUUUAUCCUUUCACCGUCGUGGACACUGUGAUUGAUGUCUCCGGGGCCGCGUCACUCGCGAACUCUGUGCGAGGUCCCGCAGGCGGUCGUGAGAUCUGUGGCCGUGGAGCGGCCGAGGGAGCUUCACCAACCGUGGCCUCCGAUUUAAGAAUCUGGAAGCUUAAUUUCCUACGUUAACAGGCACAGAUAUGUCCUCCAAAAAAUAAUAAUUCAUAUAUCCUGUACAUAUAUAAAAUAUAACUAAGGGUAGACGUAUUGACUGUGUUCCUAGGCACACUCAGCGUGUAUUGUUUUGUUGUUUUCUUGCCAUUGCUGCUUUGUUGCUGUAUAAAUAUAAAGGGUGCCUUAGCUGGGCCUUUGAAGCCCCUUUUUGACAUUUCCUUGCGUGUGUUUCAUCAGCGGUCGCCACUGGUGGACAGAGAGUUCGGGUCACCAGGCUGGGUUCGUGCAGAGCACCACUUUACGGUUUUGGCCUCACUACCGCAGCCUGGCAGUUUUCUUGUGUGGAUUUUACCAAAGCGCGCCCGUCUGCUGUCCAACUGGAUGUUAAAGACCCUGUGAGGUCGCAUGCGAGGGUACGAUAUUGUGUGCCGACAUCAAAGCCAAACACCGAAUGUAAACAUUAACUGCGGCUGAACUUUAUUUCAUUUACAUUUUUUACACGAGGCCAAGAAUCCGACUUGACUCUUGCCUUGCUUAUGCCUCAAAAGUACAGAACAUGGCUAUUAUUCCCCACAAACUAUGCUUUUGUGACCAGAAUAUUUUGAAAUGUACCUAUUUUCAAUGAAAAAACGGGCGAAUUUGUGUCUUUUCGUUCACAUAAAGUCAGAAAAAACAACAUGAAUCAAAAUUAACAUGUAUUUAUACUAAAGUAAUACAAAAUUUACUACAAAAUAGACACCACGAUGCACUAGCACAGGCGGGACUGGCCACAGCGGACCGAGUCCUCAGUGGGGAGGAACAAUCUCGAAAAAUGACUCGCUUCUAAAUCUUUUGUAGUAAUUUUUGUAUUACUUUAGUAUAAAUACAUGUAAAUUUUGAUUCAUGUUGUUUUUUCUGACUCUAUGUGAACGAAAAGACACAAAUUCGCCCGUUUUCUUAUUGGAAAUAGGUAAAUUUCAAAUAUUACUGUCUUGUGUGAGGAAUAAUAGCCAUCUAAUAUACUUUUUAGGCAUAAGCAAUUACGAAAUAACACUUACUGCCCAGGAACAAAAAUUGUUUUACAUAGUAUUAUUACGUCGCUGAGGCUGAUGGUGACAUCUUGUGGGAGGGCUUCGUCCAACAGUGGAUUGACCAUGGCAUGGCUGCUGCUGAUGAAGAGGCUAGGGCACAGAUUGAGGCAUUUGCAGCAGCUAGCCCGCCAUGACAACCCGCUACCCAAAUUCAGCUUCAUGUUUCAAAAUAACAGCAGGAACUCCAUUCUAUACCUCCAUAUAUAUGAAGACAAUUACUGUGUAGUUUAGAGCAGUGGUUCUCAACCGGGGGUACGUGGACCCUUGGGGGCUACGUGGCAAUGUCCCAGUGGGUACGUGAGGUGAUUUAUAAAUGUGUGACGUUACAUCAUUCAUGAGUCAUUGGUGAAUAAUCACGUAUGAAUCUGCAAAUAUAAAAUAAUUACGAUAAAAUGUAAUUCACUAUGGUCAUCUAGAACGAUUUAAAAGACCAUAGUUGAGGGGUUUUGGGUUAGAUCGUGUAAAUAUAUAAAUGCGUCGUGAAACCCGCCACCACCCGACACAGCCAACUAGUAAGGGUUGUCACGUUAACAGAACGUGACAAUUCGUCACUAGUACAGCACG